CCCGACCCGCCCCUGCUCUCAGCAGCCGCCCACCGGCGGGCUGCGUCACUGCCAGACGAGGCAGCCGGCCAUCUCUUUCAUCCUCCCGCUAGACGCCUCCAGCCCUGACCACUGCCCUGGGUUUCCUGGUCUGGCCCGGGGACAGCUUCUCCUCUGACGUGAUCAAGGCGGCCGGUCCAGCAAACUAGGCGAGAUAAAAGGACCGGGCCGAAAGGGGUGAGGGCGCACCAGCAUGGCGUUCUGGGCAAAGACCGCAGUGUGGAGGGCAGGGCCUUGGCUGUCCCUGCACAGGGCAUGCACACUGGGUACCAGAGCUGCUCAGGCCCCCAAGAAGGUGCUGCCCUUCGAAGCCAUACCCCAGUGUCCUGGCAACAAGUGGAUGCGGGCGCUGCAGAUCUGGAGGGAGCACGGCUCUGAGAACAUGCACCUGGACAUGCAUCAGACCUUCCAGGAGCUGGGACCCAUUUUCAGGUAUGACGUGGGAGGGAGGCGCAUGGUAUUCGUGAUGCUGCCCGAAGACGUGGCGAGGCUGCAGCAGGCGGAGAGCUUUCACCCUCAGCGGAUGCUCGUGGAGCCCUGGCUGGCCUACCGACAGCACCGCGGCCUCAAACGUGGAGUGUUCUUGCUAAACGGGCCCAAGUGGCGCUCCGACCGGCUGCAGCUGAAUCCGGACGUGCUGUCACUGCAGGCCGUGCAGAAGUUCGCACCCCUGGUGGACGGGGUGGCCAGGGAUUUCUCCCAAACCCUGAAGGCGAGGGUGGUACAGAACGCCCGGGGGAGCCUGACCCUGGACAUCAAGCCCAGCAUCUUCUGCUACACCAUCGAAGCCAGCAACUUAGUCCUUUAUGGAGAGCGGCUGGGCCUCCUCGGCCACAACCCAAAUGCUGACAGCCUGAACUUUAUCAGCGCGCUGGAGGCCAUGUUCAAGUCCACAGUGCAGCUCAUGUUCCUGCCCAGGAGCCUGUCACGCUGGACAAGCACCAGCAUAUGGAAGGAGCACUUCGAGGCCUGGGACUGUAUCUUCCAGUAUGCCAACAAAGCCAUCCAGAGACUCUAUCAGGAGCUGACCCUUGGCCGCCCGUGGCGCUACAGUGGCGUUGUGGCAGAGCUGCUCAUGCAUGCAGACAUGACCCUGGAUGCCAUCAAGGCCAACUCCAUCGACCUCACUGCCGGGAGCGUGGACACGACAGCCUUUCCCUUGUUGAUGACUCUCUUUGAGCUGGCUCGAAACCCGGAUGUGCAGCAGGCCGUUCGCCAGGAGAGCCUGGUGGCUGAGGCCAGGAUCUCUGAAAAUCCCCAGAGGGCAACCACGGAACUGCCACUGCUAAGGGCCGCCCUCAGGGAGACCCUGAGGCUGUACCCCGUGGGUAUCACCGUGGAGCGACGGGUGAGCUCAGACUUGGUGCUGCAGAACUACCACAUCCCGGCUGGGACUUUGGUGAAGGUGCUACUCUACUCCCUGGGUCGAAAUGCCGCCGUGUUCGCCAGGCCCGAGCGCUACCAUCCCCAGCGCUGGCUGGACCACCAGGACUCUGGCGUCAGGUUCCCGCACCUGGCCUUUGGCUUUGGUGUGCGCCAGUGCCUGGGGCGGCGCCUGGCAGAGGUGGAGAUGCUGCUCCUGAUGCACCACGUGCUGAAAAACUUCCUGGUGGAGUCACUGGUGCAAGAGGACAUCAAGAUGGUCUACCGCUUCAUACUGAUGCCCUCCACCCUCCCACUCCUUACCUUCCGGGCCAUCAACUAGUCAUGUCGCUGCACUGUCGGGCUGGCUCACAACAGGCCUGCUGCCAGGACCGUGCACUACUCUUAACCCCAUCCGGCACUGCUGAAGGGGACUUGGAGAAUCCCGGAGCAGAGAGGAGGGAAGUUCCAAGCUCAAGAUGGAGCCCUGCCUUAGCACGUGGGCUCAGCCCUCAAUCCCGCUGAGACUCGCCCUCUUCACGUGGGGAUUCCUUAGAGUUACCGCCUCGCCGGGUCCAGUGAGGACACAACUGACAGGACUGUAUUUGGCAAAUGCCCAGAUUUCUGGCUCAGCCGGCACUCAAUAAAUGGGGAUUUCUUCUCCCACCACUAAAACGUUGCUCUCUACUUGUGGCCCUGCUCCAUGGUGGGUGGGGGACGUGAUGGCAGGAAGGGAAUGAAAACAUAGUUAGCCUGCAGUGAAGGUGUGUCACUCUGCCAGGCUUGGCACACACCUUCCCUUGGUCUCCACAGCAGCCCUAAAAGGCAAACACUGUGAUCAGCCCGGAUUUGCGGAUAAGGAAACCGAGGCUUAGAGAAUUUGUUUACCUGCCAAAGUCUCGCAGCCCAUCCAGGGCAGGGGUGCCGCCUGAACCCAGGAUGCCAAUCCCCUCCCCCUGAAAAGGCCUGGGACUGGGAGUGGCCUUGCACACACCUGGGAAACAGCCUCCAAUGUAAAGCAUCUCUGGAUGCUUUCAAGAUUGUCUCCUGGUGUUCUGUGUGUCUUCAGUUUUACUGUAUCAAGUCUACACAGGGUCCUAUUUGUUUAUGCUGCUUGGAAUUUCCUGUGCCUUUCCAGUGAGAGUGUCCAUCUGGCUCUUUCCAAAAACCCUCUAGGUGAUCUCGAUAGCCUACUGUUUAACGGCCAUAAUUCUUACAGCUCUGCACUUCUUCCAGUGUGGAAGUAGUAUUGCCUUUAAGAUACCUGAUGCCAAGAACUGGAACAUCUUCUCUGAUCCAUGUGCAGCUGGGGCCUGGUUUGAGGCUGUUGGCCCAAGGGUCAUCAUUUUCCCACAGCCACUUUUGUCUUACUUGCUCAGCCUGGGAGCUCCUCUUCGUCAUGAGCACCAGACCUAGAUCAGUGUCAGGGCACCUUGGUUCUCGGGAGGAAAUGUGUGCCCUCCUCCAUCCCAGUGGUAGGAAGCUAAGCCCCUCGUCCUCUCCCAGCGCUGUGGGACAGGAGGCGCAUGUGCUCCAUUUCCAGCGUUGCUGUAGUGUUCCGAAAGCCUCGCGUCCCUGUGGGGUUCCAACUGCAGUUUCUAACCUCACGUCCUGAGCAGCGCAUCCUUCCCCCCAGGGAACUGGAGCGACCGGGUCAUUAGGCUACUUGAGCCCCUCCCCUGGCGGCCGCUGUCCUGGCUCCUGUGCUCCUUCUUGCCUGGUCCAGGUCCCUCCUUGUCUCAGGACCCUGAAGAGGUCCUGCCCUUUCUGCCAGCCCAGAAAUGCGUUUCUCGCAUGGUUUUGAUUAUGUAUAGUUAGUUGCUAGAGUGGAAGGAUUUUCAGAGAAUCAGCCCAUGACUUUGCUAGAACCUGCAGACAUUCACUGGCGCCUUGAAGCAGAGAGUCAGUGUCUGGAUGCUCUGUCUGUGGCUGCCCUAGGGGCGGACCGAACAUCCUCUUGUUGUCGAGUCAAGUCUCCACAAAGUGGUUGUCAGCUCUCUUGCAGAAAUGGUUGCCUACUGUGCAAGAGAGUUCCCAGAAUUACUGGUUGGUGGCCUAAUGCACUUGGGAGAAUGCUGGACCAUAGGAGGAUUGCCUGCCAAAGUUGGAAGCGGCUAAGCACCCUGCUUUCCUUCGUCACUCAGUGCUGUUUACCGGGACUGCCUACAUGUCCGGCCUCGCGCUGUGCGGCAGUGAGCGAGACAAGACCUCGCCCUCAGAGGGAGUGCGCCCCGUGAAGUCUAAACUAUAGGAGUGGGGAUUUAUUGCAAAAAUCUUGGGAACGGCAAGAGUGGGCACAAUAUAAUUUUCUUUCAACAAAGGGACUGUUCACCUGAAGUGUGCCCAUUCAGUAGAACACUUAAGCAUCUGAAAGAGAAAUAAAUGAGGCACCUCGCUAAGUGUCCGUACAGAACGAUGUUCACCACGUAGCCACUAAAAAGGCAGGUCACAGAGGUGCACCAGUUGUAUGUAUGGGCGCACGUGGUCUGGCAAAGUAGACAUGGCAAGCCACUGACCUGGUUUCUGCCGGGGCGGGGGAGGUGACGCUCCUGGGGCUUGCCUGGUCACCACAGAAAAGUCCAAAAGGAGCAAGGCUAACCCUUGCGGCAGGAAGGAAAGGCACUCAGGAGUCAGCAGCCAUCCGCCUGGGGAGCACUGAGCCCCAGUAACGGGAAGCCAGGAGCGCACAGGGGGCCCAGGGGCCGCAGUGGAGCCCAGCCCAGGCCCUGGCCUUGGUCCGGGAGGAGAACAGGGCAUCCUCACAGUCCCACAGGGAUGGGCCGGCACCCAGAGAGGCAGGAAGGGUGUGUCCGCACUAAGGCAAUGGUCAGGGUGUGGCAGCAGAGGCCACACAACACCCUCUAGGGACUUCAGCCCUGUGGCCACCACUCUGUCCACAUCAGCGCAGGUUUCAGCGAGGGUGGCCAACACUCUCUUCUAGAGGCCUGGGAGGCCACGUGGAGGGGCUGAGGUCAGGCCAAGGCGGGACUGGGCCAGCAAAGUGGAAGGGGUGAGGGGGUGCCAGGCAAGGUGAGGAGAGGGCAGACACGGAGUGGAGAACAGGGUGCAGAAGGUGAACGCAAAUGCCGCCCUCGCAGGGGAGCACCACCGCAAGGACGUCCCCCCAGCCGGCUGACACGAGAGCCGCUCAGCAGGCACUUGGCAUGGCCCCUGCGCGCUCCAGGCCAACUCGGGCCACCCCCUCCCCGGUUUCCUCCAGGAAUCCUCAUCAAAUGACCGGCAGCCACAUUCGGCAGCAUGCA